GUAAAUGGUUGUCCAAAUGGGACAGAUGAUCGUGAGCAUCUGUUGGGUGGUAACGGUGCGGAGACUUCACACAAAAAAAUUCAACUGUCGCAUAUUAUGGGAUUCAUUCAGCUAGGAAUUCAACAUAUUGUUCGUAGGGAAUUGGCAGAACCAACACAUGACGUGUCGAUGAACGACUUUGGGAAGUUGGAAACCAUAUCAUUCCCACCAAAAGGUUCAUCACAAACGCCCGCACACCACUAUGCUGAGUUUAGAUUAAAGACCUAUGCUCCCAUAGUAUUUAGAUACUUUCGUGGAUUUUUCAGGAUCCAGCCGCAUGAUUUCAUGUCGUCCUUGUGUACAGAACCGUUGCGAGAACUGUCGAACCCUGCUGCAUCUGGUUCACAAUUCUACUUAAGCGAUGACGAUAAGUUCAUCAUAAAAACGGUACAACACCAGGAGGCUGAAUUCUUACCGAAACUAUUGUCCGGAUACUACAGGAAUCUAAAUCAAAAUCCACACACACUCCUACCAAAAUUCUUCGGCUUAUAUGGUUUUCAGUCCAAUAGCGAAAAUGUCCGUUUAGUUGUAAUGAACAAUUUGUUGCCAUCAUCCGUAAAAAUACACCAGAAAUACGAUUUCAAGGGGGCUAUACACAACCGAAAGCUCAAUCAACAAGAACGUGCCAAAUCAUCGCCAACAUACAGAGAUUUAGAUUUCAUGGAACACCAUCCGAACGGUAUAUUCCUCGAAUCGGAUACGUACAAUGCAUUGGUGAAGACGAUACAACGUGAUUGUCGUUUAUUGGAAUCAUUCGAAAUUAUGGACUACUCAUUGCUAGUUGGUGUACAUAAUUUAGAUUUGGCAAUUAAAGAAAAACAGGAAAAAUCAUAUCGACCACCGCCUGUGAUGCCAAGACCAAGUGACAGUUCAUCCGAUGAAUCCGAUCCACUUGAUAGACCUAACGGAAUCCCAGCGCGCAAUGGGAAAGGCGAACGAUUGCUACUAUUCAUUGGUAUAAUUGAUAUAUUACAAUCGUACCGUUUGAAGAGAAAACUAGAGUAUGCAUAUAAAAGUGUUAUUUAUGGUGGGGAUACUGUAUCCGUGUGCCAGCCAUCAUUCUACUCUCGGAGAUUUCAGAAUCUCAUAGCCAAUAAAGUUUUUAAGAAAAUUCCAUCGCACGAACGCGGUCGAAGAAAACUUCAUAACGCUGCUAAAGAUGGUGAUUUGGAUGUCGUUAAAAUGCUCAUCACGAAAGGAGCUAAAAUUGAUACUAUCGAUAGUUUAAUGCAGACACCGCUCCAUUAUGCUGCUGCGAAAGGUCACACGAAUGUCGUUGACCUACUCAUAAAGAAAGGAGCCAAUUUGAAUUUUGAAAAUCACAUUAAGGAGACACCUCUUCAUUUAGCUACUGAGAAUGGUAGUUGGAGUGUUGUACAUUUCUAUAGUAUGG